AUGAAUUGGGAAUCAUACCAUCGUUUACAAAAUCAAUUACAACAAUUAGAAAUGGAGAUAUUAAAUUGGGAAAUAGAAAUAACAAUUAGACCAUCAAUACCUGCUCAUUAUAUAGUUCACCAAGCUUGUAUGGCACCCUUAUCUCCACAAGAUCUUUUUAAUAUAGCUAAGAUUGAAGAAGGACGUGACAAACAACAGAUAAGAAAUUUAAAUCAAAUCACAAAACAUAAUGCUGAGAGAGCACUUGAAUUGCAAAGUUUACGUGAAGACCUUAAUUUUUUUGAUUGGGACCAAUGUUUUAUGGAAGAAAAGCUCAAUUCCAACAUCUUCCAUCCUUCAUUUGCCUCUCAUAUAACUGAUUUUGAUGAAACAACUAAAUGUCUUGCAUGUCAUUCAUUUCCAAAAUGUACUGCCAGAGGUCUUUGUAAGUUAUGCAGAUUUUAUGUUGAUAAUGGACUGAAGAGCCAAAUUGUUGAUAAAAAUUAUCAAUCAAAAAUUGAAGUCUUGGAGAAAAUUGAUUUAGAGACAAUGUGUGAAUCAGCACUUAAUGGAAUUUUUGGUUUUUCAGACUUUUGUGAUGGACAAAAAGAUGCAAUCUUAUCUUUUGCUCAAAAUCAUGAUACUCUUGUUCUGAAACAAACAGGUGGUGGCAAAAGUCUGUGUUAUGCUUUAGCAUCAGUUAUGACAGCAGGAAUUAUUGUAGUUUUUUCUCCAUUGAAGGCACUAAUUGAUGACCAAGUCCUUGAAUUGAUCAAUGCAGGAAGCCAAAUUGUUGAUAAAAAUUAUCAAUCAAAAAUUGAAGUCUUGGAGAAAAUUGAUUUAGAGACAAUGUGUGAAUCAGCACUUAAUGGAAUUUUUGGUUUUUCAGACUUUUGUGAUGGACAAAAAGAUGCAAUCUUAUCUUUUGCUCAAAAUCAUGAUACUCUUGUUCUGAAACAAACAGGUGGUGGCAAAAGUCUGUGUUAUGCUUUAGCAUCAGUUAUGACAGCAGGAAUUAUUGUAGUUUUUUCUCCAUUGAAGGCACUAAUUGAUGACCAAGUCCUUGAAUUGAUCAAUGCAGGAGUACCUUGUUGUGGUCUUUAUGCGUCAACAGCACAACCAGUUCAUUAUCAACAAAAUGAUACUCUUGUUCUGAAACAAACAGGUGGUGGCAAAAAAAUUGUGGCACGUCUUGGUAUAAACCAUCAAAAAAUAUUAGUAAUUUGUGAUAAAUAUUUUGGAAAUAAUUCAAUUAUUUUCCAAGUACAAAAAAGAAGGGACAAUAAAGAACAAUUCUUGGAAGAUAUUCUGAGGGCUAUUAAUGAAGUUGAAGUUGGAAAAUGCAUUAUUUAUUGUGCAUCUGUAAAAGGAUGUGAGAAUUUAUUAUCAGAUCUCCAAGACAAGGUUGCAAAAGAAAUAAUUACCAUGUAUCAUGGUGAAUUAUCUGCUAAAGAAAAGUCCAGAGAUCCUAUGCCUGAGGUAUGUAUGGUUUGUGAUAAUUGUGUACGGAGAAUGGCUGAUAAUCCAAGUUUUGUAAAUGUUAAAUCAAAUAUGCAAAAGAUACAAUCACAGGCAAAGGAUAUAAAAAAUCAGUUUGGUCAUUUGCCAGUAUAUCAGGAAAAAUUUCCAAGAAUCUUAAAAACAAAAGAAGAUGCCUUUUUACUAUUGGAUGAUUUAGUUUUACGUAAAUUAGUUGAAGAAGAUAUUGUAUUGACUAGGUCAUCAGCAGGUCAAACUUGUGUUGGUAGUGUUUCUAUUCUUGGCCUUACUGAAGAUGCAUUUGCAAAAGCCAAUAAUCAAAAUUGGAUAUAUCUGAUAAAAUAA